AUGACAACGAUUCACAACGACUUUCUAGUGUACGUCCGAGAUGUUCAGCAGGGAGAUGUCUUCCUGCAAGACAUGAUGAGGCAGAAGGAUGAGAGAAAGGACUUGCAUUUCCACUGUGAUGAGAAUGAGGUCUCACCUGUGACCGGAGUUGGGAGAGCCCUGAAAUCCCGAAAGCUAUCUCCUAAGUUCAUUGGACUAUUCGAAGUGCUGAAUAGAAUUAGUCCUGCUACAUACCGGAUUGCAUUGCUUCUGAACCUCUCGAAUUUACAUCCGGUCUUUCAUAUGUCACAGCUUAGGCAAUAUGUGCCGGAUCCUCCCCAUGUGAUUGAUCCUGACCCGGUUCAAGUGAGAAAGGACUUGUUGUAUGACUUAUACCCGGUAAGAAUUUCUGAUCACCGCGUUAAACAGCUGAGGGGUAAAGAGAUCUCAUUGGUGAAGGUAAUACGGAGCUCAAGUGUUGAGAGAGAUGCCACAUGGGAAACGGAGAGUAGAAUGAGAGAAUUGUAUCCCGGGUUAUUCUUGUAA